UUUCUUUCUUUUUGUCACCGAACUUUCGACUUUUCACUUUGGUAAAGCAAGCGCUUAUAUACGUUUGGGAAGAAAAGAUAAAUUUUUCUUUUGCGAUGUAAAUACGGUUCUGGAUGCUGACACUUUUGCGCCAUCUACUAAAUUCGGCUGCUUUUAUAGUAAUAAAAUUGCUUGUGGAAAUGCCUACUUGGAUUUUAUGAGAAAUUAUUCUUUGGGUGGCACUUUUGUCAUAAAGCCGAAUAAUUCCAUAAGUGUCGGUGUUCGAAGCGAACCUCUUCAUGAUCGUCGCUCGCUUGAAGUCCGAUUGGAGCAUCACGGUAAAUUUCAUCGUCUGCGCACUGGUCAGGACUACUGCUUGAGUUUCUGCGGUGAUGUUUCCGGCCGUUUCCUCUCCGCCGCUUAUGUCCAGUCCAUGCUCUUACCGUUCGACCGAUCCCUACACCGAUUAUUUUUGGGUGGUGAUUUUUCCCACCAAUCAGAUCGACCUCUAUUUUUUUUUCCGGGCUUAGAAAGUGGGAAAGGGUCUUCUUGUUCCGGCCUUGCGCUGCCUUUUUAUAAAAAAAAUCCCACCAAUGUCUUAACGGUGGGCGCUUUAUGGCAGCCGCUGGGAAAUUUAGCAUUGAAAUUAAUAUUAGAUUCUCGAGGCAUUAAUUUACUUUUUCUAAUUUCAACUUGA